UAUCUGCGAAAAAAAAAACCCUGUGAAAUCAUGAGUGGAGAUUGUGGCUUCAUCUGCACCGUCUGAUAUAGUCGUUCUUUCUAAAUUAGGAGCUGUGGCCGAGGAUCCUCAACAGCCUCAACACUCAGCUUCACAUGAGAGAAAAACCAAGGUGCCUGACGGACAAGUCAUGGCCACAUCAACUGAGGACGAGUUUGUGACAGAAAGGCCAGACUCUCCUAUAAACAGCGGUGUUUCUUUAAAAAGUGACAGAUCCAUGGGCAAGCUCGUCAACUUCACUCAUGAUGAACCAAGCGAGUUUGUGACAGAAAGGCCAGACUCUCCUAUAAACAGCGGUGUUUCUUUAAAAAGUGACCGAUCCAUGGGCAAGCUCAUCAACUUCACUCAUGAUGAACAAAGCCAGUCUGUGACAGAAAGGCCAGACUCUCCUAUAAACAGCGGUGUUUCUUUAAAAAGUGACAGAUCCAUGGGCAAGCUCGUCAACUUCACUAAUAAUGAACCCAGCGAGUUUGUGACAGAAAGGCCAGACUCUCCUAUAAACAGCGGUGUUUCUUUAAAAAGUGACCGAUCCAUGGGCAAGCUCAUCAACUUCACUCAUGAUGAACAAAGCCAGUCUGUGACAGAAAGGCCAGACUCUCCUAUAAACAGCGGUGUUUCUUUAAAAAGUGACAGAUCCAUGGGCAAGCUCAUCAACUUCACUCAUGAUGAACAAAGCCAGUCUGUGACAGAAAGGCCAGACUCUCCUAUAAACAGCGGUGUUUCUUUAAAAAGUGACAGAUCCAUGGGCAAGCUCGUCAACUUCACUAAUAAUGAACCCAGCCAGUUUGUGACAGAAAGGCCAGACUCUCCUAUAAACAGCGGUGUUUCUUUAAAAAGUGACCGAUCCAUGGGCAAGCUCAUCAACUUCACUCAUGAUGAACAAAGCCAGUCUGUGACAGAAAGGCCAGACUCUCCUAUAAACAGCGGUGUUUCUUUAAAAAGUGACCGAUCCAUGGGCAAGCUCAUCAACUUCACUAAUAAUGAACCCAGAAAAGGAUCAGGGUCUUCUGCAGCCAGCAGUGCUUCUAUGGCAAGUGACAGGUCUAUGGGCAAACCUAUCAACAAAGAUGACCAACCAAGUUCUUUCCAGUCACGUUGUCAAAUGAGAACGGAUGACCCUCUCAACUUCAACUCUAACCCUGAAGAAUAUGAAACAAAUGACCAACACAACACACUGACACCACUCCUGAAGAAGAGAAUCCUCAGAAUGUAUGGGGAUGAGAGUAAAACAAAAUCCAACACAGACCUCUUUGAGAUCAAAGCUGACAAAAACAAGAAUAAGCAACUGAAAAACUACAACGAAAUAUUUGAACUGAGAAAUGAAAUGCGAACAGUGCUGACAAAGGGUGUAGAUGGAAUAGGCAAAACAUUCAAGACAAAGCAGAUGAUGGUUGACUGGGCAAAAGGAAAAUCCAACAAACACAUUGACUUGAUAGUGACAUUGCAUUUCAGUGACCUAAAUUCAAGAAGAAACAAGGUUCAAAGCAUGGAAGAUCUCCUUAAUAUUUUUUUUGACAUUGAACAACAUACAGUUCCAAUCCAUCAUGCAUUUAAAAUAGCCUUUGUCCUCGACGGCCUGGAGAAAUGUGAACUUGACCUUGACUUUAAAAAAGAGGACCUGACUGACAUAAAAGAGCAGGCCUCGAUCGAUGUGCUGCUAACAAGCCUCAUCAAGGGGAAGCUGCUUCCCUCUGCCCGACUCUGGAUCAUCACUCAACCUUCAGGAGUGGACAAGAUUCCACCUGAGUAUAUUCACAAAGUGACUGAAUGUCGAGAGACCUCAGAGCGCAGAAAGCAGCUGAUAUCAAAACUACGGGAAAGAUAUUCUAGAGAAAAUGCUCAAACUAGAGAUGAAACCCAUCCAAACCAAGAAAAUAUCGAACACAUUAUUAGAGAAAACAGUGCUGGUGAGGUUGAAGACAAAAAUGGAAAGACACUGCCAAGGUCAGUGACAAGAGUGAAUAAGAUACCUGAUAUCUUCAAUGAUGAAAAAAAGAAGAAAAUCAAGAAGGUGUUGACAAUCAAACAACUGGAUAUUGGCAAAACCUUCUAUGUGGAGAAAUUCAUUGAAGAGUGGACUAAAGAAAAAUCUUGGUUCGAUUUUGGUUUAAAAUAUUUUAAAGAUGAUGAAAUUCUAUUUGCACUGAACCUCAGUCAACUUAAUUCCAUAAAAGACAAAACACUCAGCUUGAGGGAACUUAUUAAUCAUUUCUUUAAGGAAACCAAAGAGUCGGUAAUAUCUGACUAUGAAAGUUUCAAAGUUAUAUUUCUCUUGGAUGGACUGGACUCCUGUCAACUUCCUCUCAACUUUAAGAGUGACAUGAUUGAAGAUGUCACAAAACGAGCACCUGUGGGUGUGCUCCUGACAAACCUCAUCCAAGGAAACCUGUUCCCUUCUGCCAAACUCUGGUUAAUCUCUGGACCUUCAUCUCUGAAAGGUCUGCCUGAUGGCAUAUUUGACAGGACAACAGAAAUACGAGAGAAGCCUGAUGUCGCAAGUCAAAGGAAACUUAAAUCCCAGCUGAAGGAGAAAUAUACCUGGGUAGGAGAGGGGAUUGAUCAGCAGAAAACGUCUGCUCUUCUGAAUAAUAUCUACACACCUCUGUACAUCAUAACAGGAGAGAGGGGAGAGGUCAAUGUUCAACAUGAAACCAGACAAGUUCAAGAGGCAAAAUUCAAACCAGUGAAAGAAGAAAUCAACAUUGAAUGUCAUGAAAUCUUCAAACCUGCAUGUGGUGAAAAUAUACCAAUUAGAACUGCUCUAACAUUAGGAGUGGCAGGGAUUGGAAAAUCAUUUGCAUCAAUGAAGUUCAUCCUGGACUGGGCUGAAGGUGGUGUUAAUAAUAACAUCAACUUCAUAUUUCCACUUCCUUUCCGGGAGCUGAAUCUGAUGAAAGGUGGAGAAUACAGUUUUGAGGAACUCAUUCAUCAGUUCUUUCCCAUUAUGAAGACAUCAGAAAUAACCAACUAUGACAAGUACCAAAUUCUGAUUGUCCUGGAUGGUCUUGAUGAAUGUCGCUGUGAUCUAAACUUCAGUGAAAGUAUUCAUUUAGCAGAUGUGAAAAAAGAAAGCACAGUGAAUGUGCUGCUGGCAAACCUUAUCAAAGGCAACUUGCUUCCUAAAGCCCAAAUCUGGAUCACCUCCCGACCAGCCGCAUCCAAUAAUAUCCCUGCUGAUAAAGUUCAGCGGGUUACAGAGGUGCGAGGAUUUAAUGAUGAACACAAGCAGGAGUACUUCAAGAAGAGAUUCGAUAAAGAUUUCGAGGGAAUCUUUUCACAUAUCAAGACAUCCAGGAGCCUUUUCAUCAUGUGUCACAUCCCAGUCUUUUGUUGGAUCACUGCAAAGGUUCUGGAGGACUGUGUGCAACGACACCCAGAAGAGGAGAUGCCCAAGACUUUGACUGACAUGUACAUACGCUUUCUCUUGCUGCAAUGCAGACAGGCUAAUGUGAAGUAUGAAAAAGACAAGACAGAUUCUUGCUGGAACGAAAGAAACAAGGAAACAAUCCUAUCUUUGGCACAACUCGCCUUUGAAGAGACAGAGAAAGGAAACUUUCUCUUCACGCAAGAAGACCUGCCAGGUCACGUUGACGUAAAGUCUGCGAUCUUCUCUGGGUUAUUUACUCAGGUCAAACGAGAGUGUAGUGUGCUGCAGAAGGACUUUUUCUGUUUUGUCCAUCUGAGCAUUCAAGAGUUCCUGGCAGCUCUUCAUGUGUUUUAUACAUUCAAAAACAGUGGUGAAAAUCUGCUAUCGAAGCAAGCUUCAGCAGAUGCAGCCUUUUCUGCGUCAGACUUCUACAAGACAGCAGUGGACAAGGCUUUAGACAGUCAAAAUGGAGACUGGGAUCUGUUCCUUCGCUUCCUGCUUGGUCUUUCUCAGGAGAACAAUCAAGACUUACUGUACGGGUUGCUAGAAAAGUCCAAAAACAACGAGACAAAUGAGGAAAUAAUUGAUUACAUCAAAGGGAAGAUCAGUGAAGAAAUCAAGGAUUCAGAUAAAAACCUCAACCUUUUCCACUGUUUGAUUGAGCUGAACGAUCACUCUCUCGUAAAUGAAGUUAGGAAGUACCUGCAAUCAGAAACACUGCCAUUUGAAAAGUUCUCUGCCUCCCAGUGGUCAGCUCUGAAUUUUGUUCUGCUGAUGUCAGAUGAGAAUCUUGAUGUGUUUGAUCUGAAGAAGUACCAGAAAUCAGAGAAGGUUCUUCUGGAAAUGUUGCCAGUCGUCAAAGUAGCUAAAACAGCUUUGUUGAGUUGGUGCGAGCUCUCUGAGGAGUCUUGUAAAGGUCUAACAUCCUCAGUGCUCAGUUCUUCAUCCUCUAAUCUCACAAAGCUGGAUCUGAAUCAUAAUGAUCUGCUGGAUUCAGGUGUGGAGCUGCUUGCUAAAGGCCUGGGGAGUUUGCAUUGCCUACUAGAGACUGUUAAUCUAGCAGGUUGUCAGGUGACAGAGAAAGGCUGCUCUGCUAUAGCCUCAGCUCUAAAUUCCAACAUACAUUCCCAUCUGAAGCAACUGGAUCUCAGUUAUAAUCAUCCAGGUGACAACGGGUCAAAGAUGCUGACUGAUAUAAAAGAUGAUCCAAAAAAGAAACUGAACACUCUGUGUUUGGAUCAUGGUGGAAUACAUCGGUUAAAGCCAGGACUGAAAAAAUAUGGUGUAGAUUUGGUGUUUGAUAUAAACACAGCAAACCGGAGGCUUUCUGUACUGGGCAAGAACGUAAAAACUUCAGAAGAUGUGUGGGAGAGGGAUAGUGGCACCUUGAAGCAGGACAAAAGUAAAUGGACUAACAUGUUUUGUGACGGAUCUGAAAUGCUAAACAAAGGCUUAACCGGCCUUUGCUACUGGGAGGUGGAGUGGGCAGGAAGGGUGGGCAUUGCAGUGGCAUAUGAAAAAGUGGGCAGACAAUUGGACAAAAGGGGUGGCCUAGGGUGCAACGACAUAUCAUGGAGUCUGGAUUGCUCAGCGACUGGAUACACUGCCAAGAGUGGAAACAAAACUGUUCCUAUUCAAUCUGAGGUUUGCCAGAAAAUAGCAGUGUUUCUGGAUUGGGACGGUGGUCGUCUGAGUUAUUACAGUGUUACACCAGCAAAGCUGAGCCACAUCCACACCUUUUAUGCCAAAUUCACAAAACCACUAUUCCCAGGCUUCUGGUUUAAGAAGGGCUCUGUGACUUUGUGCAACAUAGAGUGAACUCCUGAAUGUGGCGGGAAAAGGUAAUUGUACUUGAUGAUAGCUACGCAAAAGCAGAACUGCAUCAUUUCAAUACAACGAUAUGUGAGAUGAAUUGGUCAUGCUGUUCUUCCUGGGUAAGCUCUUCAGUGGUACUGACACUGAGGUGAUGAGUAAAUUAAAACUGUGAUGCACAAGUUGUUUACAACUAUUUACACUGGGAGCCUUUCAUUUUUACAUGUGUACAUAAUUAUUGUAUUCACAGUAUUAAAGUAAUUUAAAGCUGCCAGAGGCAGUUUUAAGCUAACCCAUUGAUGGUCAUAAAAGUAACAUGUAGAAUACAGUACAUUUAAAAUGUACUGAUGAAUGACGUUAAUGCCUUAUGCUGUUUUCAUAUAAUCACAAAUAUCAUUCAUUUAUGUGAAUAAAAAGACGUUUGCCUUCACUACUAUUA